UCCAGGCUCCCUGUCUUCCAGAGGGCACUGUGCCUGAAGGACAAGAGCAAUGAACUUCUGGUCCUCUUCUUCAAGGGCAAAGCAGAGGCUGGCAGCAGAGUACAUGCAAAGAGGAUCCCGAGGAGCUUCGUGAGGGCCGGGAAACUAGUGACAGGAAAGGGUGUUGAAGAGAGGGGUGUAGGGGUGGUGCUUGGACAGGCAGGGUUCUUAGGUUAAUCAUCUCCAUGGCUCAGAUAAGACCCUGCCAACUGGAAGCAAAGUUAUUGUGACCAGAAGGAUUUGUGUGACUGCAGAGGCAGGCAGGACAGAGGGUCCACACUGUGGGACCAUGCCAGGCACAAAACGAUAUCAGCAUGUGAUUGAGACCCCUGAGCCUGGUGAAUGGGAGUUGUCAGGGUAUGAAGCAGCUGUGCCAAUCACAGAGAAGUCCAACCCACUGACCCGGAACUUGGACAAAGCAGAUGCGGAGAAAAUUGUUCAGCUGCUGGGGCAGUGUGAUGCUGAGAUAUUCCAGGAGGAGGGACAAAUCAUGCCCACCUACCAGCGACUGUACAGCGAGUCAGUUCUGACCACCAUGUUGCAAGUGGCUGGCAAAGUCCAGGAAGUUCUGAAGGAGCCAGAUGGGGGCCUGGUGGUGCUGAGUGGAGGAGGAACCUCUGGCCGGAUGGCAUUCCUCAUGUCUGUCUCUUUCAACCAGCUGAUGAGAGGUCUAGGACAGAAGCCCCUUUACACGUACCUCAUCGCAGGAGGCGACAGGUCUGUUGUGGCCUCUCGGGAACGGACAGAAGAUAGCGCCCUCCACGGGAUUGAGGAGCUGAAGAAGGUGGCUGCUGGGAAGAAGAGAGUGAUUGUCAUAGGCAUUUCUGUGGGACUCUCUGCACCCUUUGUGGCAGGCCAGAUGGACUACUGCAUGGAUAACCCAGCUGUCUUCUUGCCAGUCCUGGUUGGCUUCAAUCCUGUGAGCAUGGCCAGACAGUCCUUUUUCCUCUGUGUCCCUCUGGACCUCAGAAACGACCCCAUUGAAGACUGGAGAUCAACAUUCUGGCAAGUAGCAGAGCGGAUGCAGAAGAUGCAAGAGAAAGAGGAAGCUUUUGUGCUCAAUCCAGCCAUCGGGCCCGAGGGGCUCAGUGGCUCCUCCAGGAUGAAAGGCGGAAGCGCCACCAGGAUUCUGCUGGAAACCCUGCUACUGGCAGCCCAUAAGACUGUGGACCAGGGAGUUGCGUCCUCUCAAAGAUGCCUUCUGGAAAUCCUGAGGACAUUUGAGCGGGCUCAUCAGGUGACCUACAGUCAAAGUUCCAAAAUUGCCACCUUGAUGAAACAAGUCAGCACCAGCCUGGAGAAGAAAGGCCGGGUGCACUUGGUUGGCUGGCAGACCCUUGGCAUCAUUGCCAUCAUGGAUGGAGUGGAAUGCAUCCACACCUUUGGUGCUGAUUUCCGAGAUGUCCGUGGUUUUCUCAUUGGUGACCACAAUGACAUGUUUAAUGAGAAGGCAGAGCUCACUGACCAGGGUCCCCAGUUCACCUUCUCCCAGGAUGACUUCCUGACUUCCAUCCUGCCAUCCCUCACGGAAAUUGACACUGUGGUCUUUAUUUUCACCCUGGAUGGUGAGAGGAAAGAUGGGAAAGAUAAUCUCGCAGAAGUACAGGCACUGGUGGAGCAGGUGAGAAAGAAGAGCCCUAACAUCCAGGCCCUGGUGCACAGUACCGUAGGGCAGUCAUUGCCGGCCCCUCUAAAGAAGCUCUUUCCCUCCAUCAUCAGCAUCACGUGGCCACUUCUUUUCUUCGAAUAUGAAGGGAGCUACGUUCAGAAGUUCCAGCGUGAGCUAAGCACUAAGUGGGUGUUGAAUACGGUGAGCACCGGGGCCCACGUGCUGCUAGGGAAGAUCCUGCAGAACCACAUGCUGGACCUCCGCAUCGCCAACUCCAAGCUCUUCUGGAGGGCCCUGGCUAUGUUGCAGCGGUUCUCUGGCCAGUCCAAGGCUCGCUGCAUCGAGAGCCUCCUCCAAGCGAUCCAUUUUCCUCAACCGCUGUCGGAUGACGUCCGGGCUGCUCCUAUCUCCCGCCAUGUCCAGGUUGCCCACGAGAAGGAAAAGGUGAUCCCCACAGCCUUGCUGAGCCUCGUGCUCAGGUGCGCCACCGCGGAGGCUAAGGCGCGCCUGGCUGCAGCCCCUUCGGUCUGUGAGGUUGUCAGGAGCGCCCUCUCUGGGCCGGGUCAGAAGCGCAGCACCCGAGCCCUCGGAGACCCUAAAGACUGUGGGGCAGUGAACUGACGUUCCUGGGACCACGAAGGGACAGAGCCUCCGUCCAGUCCGAAGGGGACUUGUGCCAGCAAUACACGUGGUCGGACAAACCCAGUGUGGAGGGUGGGGCACCAACAGCCCUGGAUUCGGGGGGAAAGUCUUGUUCUCAGCCGGACCAUUUCCACUUUUACUCGCGUCUUCUGAUUUCAGAAAUAAAACUCAAUGUCUUGUUUUGGAA